CUGACUGACUGCCGGGGAAUCUAGCUCUCUCUCUCUCUUUCUCUCUCCAUCGCCAGCUGCUCAACAACCACCGGUGACACAUCAGGGUCAGCGUGAGGGGUGACCAUGAGCCUGAAGAAGUUCAAGUUCCUGCGGUUUAACUUUGGCAGCUUAACCAACCUCCCGCGGAGCCUGUCUCUGCGGCGAUCGUCGAGCAGUGCGACCGAGGGCCGGAAGCGAGGGCGAGGCCGGGAGCCCGAGUGUCUGUCGGUUCACAAUGAAACGAUGGACGACCUGGAGACGGUGCCACGGAGCCCAGGCUACGCCCGCUCUGACGAGAUGUACACACACAUGGGCACCAUGCCUCGGUGCAACUCCAACCGGGCAAAGAAACUGGGCAAAGCGCCCCCCAAUGGCCAAAACCAGGGUAACGUCCGGCAGAACCCACUGCCCCCACUGCCAUCGGACAGCGGUGAGCAGCCACCCCAGCCUCCCAGCCAGCAGACAGCUCCGGCACAGCCAGACACCCACCCCAGGGUGGGCAGUCCAGCUCAGCCCUCCAGCCCCAACCCCCCCAAACACACCCCAACCCAACCAGUUGGACCCCCAAACCAGGACGGGCCGGGCACAGCAAGCGAUCACCGAGGUGGGGAUGAGGUCGCUGCUCCCAGCGACAGAGCAGAGGAGGGGUCGCCCGCGAGCAGACACCAAGAGGAGACGGCGAUGGACAGCAACCUGCAGAACAUGGAUUCCAAAUCGGAGUAUGUCAAGUUCUCGAAGGACAAGUACAUCCUGGACUCGAGCCCAGAGAAGCUGCGGUGGGAGCUGGAGGAGGAACUGAAGCUGAGCAGCAAUGACGUGCGGAGCCAUGCCUGGUACCAUGGCCACAUCCCCCGAGAGGUGUCCGAGAACCUGGUGCAGCAGAACGGAGACUUCCUGAUCCGGGACUCGCUGACCAGCGUGGGCGAUUACGUGCUGACCAGCCGCUGGCGGGGAGACCCUCUGCAUUUCCGCAUCAGCAAAGUACUGCUGAAGCCCAGCGUGGCCUACACCCGAGUGCAGUACCUGCUGGACAACCAGAGCUUCCACACGGUGCCCUCCCUGGUCAGCUUCUACGUGGGCAACCGCAAGCCUGUGUCCGAGCAGAGCGGAGCCAUCAUCUGCUCCCCCAUCAAUCGCACCCUCCCGCUGCGCUACCUGGAGGCCAGCUACGGGCUGUCCGGCAGCAAACAUGGCCCCAGCCCCUCGGCCCCCGCCCAACGCGGCAGCUAUAUCAAGCGGCGCAGUGUGACCAUGACUGACGGGUUGACCUCAGACAAGAUUAUCAAGAGCAACGGCUCCUCCAACAGCACACCAUCCCCGCACCACAAGGAAGCGAUGCGGAAUGUAGCUCUGAGCAUGGAUCAGAUCAAGGAUAUGCACUCGGCAAUGUCACCAGUCAAUGAGGUCGCCUUGUCCCCAGAAUACAGCACAAGUUUAAAGCACAACAGCUCCCUGGGUCGGCCGUGCCGGGCAGGUUUGUCCUCCCCAGUGCUCCGCAGGUCCAGCGAACCUCAGCUCAGCCCGAGCCCCGGCAGCCAGGACCCCGGCCCCUGCCCCGAGCGGCCCACCCCAUCCUCCAGCUCCCAGCACUGCCCCAGCCCCGGCCCCAGCCCUUCGCUCAGCGCCUCGCAGCCAGAGGGCGGCCAAUACUGCCAGCUGAGCUCGCUGUUGGUCGCGGAGCGGGAGAGACACCAGAGCUACGUGGCACGACUGAGGGGGGAGGAGAGCCCUGGCGUGGGGGGCAGCGGGCUGGAGGCCGACACCUAUCUCCCCUCGGUGCCCGGGAAGGAGGGCGAGCGGCUGACGUUCUCUCCCCCGGUGGUGGAGCUGACCUCAUCGUUCAGGCCCAGUGCCUUCCAUUCGCUCCUCAUCCCCUGGGAGAACAAACCUCUGGAGAUGGCUGUGCUGAAGAAAGUCAAGGAGCUGCUGGCAAAGGAAGACACUAAAACAAUAGCCAAACACAUCACCAAAGUGGACUGUACGGUGGCGAGGAUCCUGGGAGUGACGAAAGAGAUGAGGAAGCAGAUGGGAGUAGGAUCUGGUCUGGAGCUGCUGACUCUCCCCCACGGACACCAAUUGCGCCUGGACCUGAUUGAACGGUUCAACACCAUGGCUAUCACGAUGACGGUGGAUAUUCUGGGCUGUACGGGCAGCACUGAGGAGCGAGCUGUGCUGCUGCACAAAACCAUCCAACUCGCCGCCGAGCUCAAGAGUAACUUGGGCAACCUGUUUGGCUUCGCAGCCAUCAUGAAAGCCCUGGAGAUGCCCCAGAUCACGCGGUUGGAGCAGACGUGGGCGGCUCUGAGGCAGCGGCACACGGAGGGGGCGGUUUUGUACGAGAAGAAACUGAAACCGUUCCUGAAAACCCUGAACGAGGGGAAAGAGUUGUCGCCGCUGACCAACACCACGUUCCCCCACGUGCUGCCGCUGGUGACGUUGCUGGAGCGCGGGGCGGCCACUGGACAGCGGCCAGAGCCGUGGGAGAGCAGCGAGAGCGGCGUGGAGGUGGUGAUGGCGCAUCUGGAGGCCGGCCGGACGGUGGCUCAUCACGGUGGCCUGUACCGCACCAACGCCAACCUCCGCCUGCAAGGAUUUCAGGAGAACGAGCAGAUCAUGGAGAUAUUCCAGACGGAGUUCCAGAUGCGGUUGCUGUGGGGGUGUAAAGGAGCGAGCGGCAGCCAGGCCGAGCGCUACCAAAAGUUCGACAAAGUGCUGAGCGCUCUAUCCAACAAGCUGGAGCCGACAGUCCGGCAUAGCGAGUUGUAGUGCGGGGGCAAAAAUACCUCUUUGAAGAAAAAGGGGCUUUUAAAGGGGAUCAUCUCUGAACAGAAACUUAAAUUUUUUGUGUUUAAUCUUGGCCAAAUUUUUUAAAUCAAUCGCCCUUCGAAGAGAA